AUGGAUCAAUCAAACCAAACAUCCGCUAAUAUUUUUUAUCUUCUCAAGCUAACAAACAUCCCAAAUCUUCAGCCUUUAUGCUUCUUCCUUUUCUUAUUCAUGUAUAUAAUCACUCUUUCUGGAAAUAUUUUACUCAUCAUAGUGGUGGGAGUCAACACUCAGCUGCAGACACCUAUGUAUUUUUUUCUCUGCAACCUCUCAUUCAUUGACAUCUGCUUCUCCUCAUCCAUAGUUCCCAAAAUCCUUGUGAACACUUUAUCUGUGGACACAAGCAUUUCUUUAUUGGGAUGUGCCUUCCAGAUGUACAUUUCUUUAGUUUUAGGUGCUACAGAAUGUAUAAUAUUGUCUGUCAUGGCAUAUGAUCGUUAUGUCGCCAUUUGCAGCCCUCUACACUACAACACUAUUAUGAACAAGAAGUUCUGUAUUUAUCUGGCUGCUGGAUCUUGGACAGUUUGCUUUAUGAACUCUGCUAUUCAUGUUUUCUUUACCUUUCAGUUGCCUUAUUGCAGAUCCCACCAUGUCAACCACUUUUUCUGUGAAAUGCCUCCAUUUUUCACAUUAUCUUGUAGAGAUACUUGGAUGAAUGAGUUAUUGAUGUAUAUCUCAACUGGGAUCAUUGCUAUGUGCCCUUUUAUUGCUAUAAUUGUUUCAUAUAUUUAUAUAAUCUCCGCCAUCUUGAAGAUCAAGUCCUCUAAGAGCAGACAUAAAACUUUCUCCACUUGUGCCUCCCACAUCAUAGUGGUCUCUCUCUAUUACAGCACCAUCAUGGUCAUGUACUUGCAUUCUCAUUCCAGUUACUCUCCUAAAACAGAUAAUAUCAUAUCUGUUUUAUACACCACGGUGACUCCUAUGAUGAACCCAAUCAUCUACAGUAUAAGGAACACAGAAGUAAAAAACACUAUAAAAAGAAACUUGCAAAGCAAUCUCCUUUAUAAAAAUAAUAAAAAAUGUAUUUUCUAUUGA